AUGGUAACAUCAAAGCUGGCCAAUCCGGUAGCAGGGUGUCGUCAAGAGAUGCUGGAUGGGAUCUACAGACCAAUGGCGUACGAAGCAUAUAUUAAAACCCUUCAGGUGGUUGUAGAGAAUUAUGUGUUUCCGCGUAUCCUGGCCACCAUCCAGGUCCCAAUCGAGGUGGAUAUCGAAACGGAUACGGCAUAUUUCAUUGUCUGUGCAAAAUACACCAACGGCAAUUACUUCCGGGGACACUACGAUGCUCAAAUCUGUGUCGGUUCUGGAAGGAACUUGAGGCAGCAGCGGAACCUAAACACUUUGUUAAAAACCAAGGUGGGUUCGUCUGAAUCAAAUUUGAUUGUGCCUCGAGAUCGGUGUAUUUUUGUUGCUGGCAGACUUUUCGGCACAGCAGCGAAUGGAGGCUGCGUAAGCGGGAUGUUCUCCUUGAAAUCGCUUAUGCAACAUGCUGAAAGAUGGGUUGAGAAGGAGGAAGACCACAAACUCGGCUUCACCGUCAAAAUCAGCGACAGGGAUGCGGACUCUGUUGUGACACAAUUUGGUCAGGCAACAAUUAGUGUCCCCAAACUGGAGCUAGAAGUAGACAGAACCUAUCAUCCCCAUUUGCCCAUUUACGGCAAGGUGCGUAUAUCGCCGAUAAACGCUGUUGCAGGGCGUGGUUCCGUGAUCGUCAAUUUGACUGUCCAUAUGGAUACAGACACAUAUUCCACGCAAUCACAGCUGAAUUCCAAUGGUGAUGUCUCCUUUAUUCUGCCACCAAUAGACAGCAAAGACGACCUACAGGUACAAGUGAAACUAAUACGUUGGAGAAUCAUGACUAGCUCCAACGAAACCACACAACGCAUGGUGCAUUCCUUUUGGCAGCACCACCGGUCAGCAUUACUAAGACGCUGGAUACCCGAGGUUUAUCUGGCCUUAAAGCACUUACUAUAUCCGGGAGAAAGAGUUCGGCUGCAACUCAACAUGCCAACCGCCCAAAAUUCUGAUAUUUACGGUUUCGACAACACGUGUAUCACGAGUCUCACGGACACAUCCAUGAAGAAUUCUGAGAAAUUUAAGGCGACAGUGGUCGACUUAAACAAGUACACCGAUGAGCUUCAAAAUAACAGGCGUUCCUUUCAUAACGACAAGUCCAUCUAUGACACAAAGACCUUAUUCAACGCAAUCGGUUUAGAGUUCACUGAACUGCUUGUGACAGAGGCCGCUAUGGAAUCGUCUGAUAGCAAAACUGCCCAUGUUAACCCAACUACUGAUAAGGCUGAUUUUGACGAUUGGGCGGACAUUACUUCGCCCAUGGAUCCACGGGAUUCCAAUUCAGAUGCAAAGAACGUGACCAAUGCAGUCCUAAAACCACGAGUCCUUAAUUUCUUACCAGAAGUCUGGCUGUUUGAACAAAUCAAUCUCGACAAAGCAGGACAUUUCAAA